AUGUCUUCUUCCAACAGGCCCGGACGACUUCGAGAGAUAGCUAGCAGCUCUGGCUCCGAGUUAGUCAGACCACAACGUCGGAAGCCUUUGCAUGCAACCAGCUCCAAACACAACGAACGUCGGAAAGGAGAUCUCGACAACCGCCCCUCUGAUCGCCAAGCGGACGCCGGCGAUGUGUCUCUCGAUCACCUCAUACAUCCCCACGAAUACGUGGACUAUAGGCCAGUUCUUCGUUCGGAUCGCAUAGCUCAUCAAACUCGAGCAAGAACUCGCUUGGUACUAAAGGAUCGAGACUUCCAAUCGGAUGAGGUAUCUAUACCUUUGUCCAAGGGAUCAUCUUUACCUUAUAUGGAGUCCGUCGACCACUUCGAGACUAUCCGCGCAGGUUCUCAUGCAAUUACUGCACUUCGAAAGCACAUUUCCGCCGCUCUCCUUGCAAGGCAUCCCGAUUUGAGCGAUAUGGAGUUCUCAAGACAUAGCAAGCCGUCGUCUAUAGCGAAUCUGCGCUUGGUACUUGGAACCUACACUGACAGGUCCAUAAAGAACUGGGGCAACCCUGUGUAUGCGUACCUCAGUCCGAAUGCGAAUUCCUCAAUCGGCCCCAAGUUCAUCAUGGAGGUCAAUGAAAGACACGGACAUGGAGGACAUGACGUUGUGGAAGUGACAUGGUAUGAGGCUGUAUUUGAGCAGAGGGUUGCAACUAAACUCCCCUUCAAACAAGCUGCAACGAAAGACGAACUGUAUGCCGCGGUCAAGUAUUACUUCUUAUUGGCGGUGGAGGCGGGAGUGGAGGCCUUUCAUCAUGACUUCAUACCAUUGAACAGGUCUUUUGUCCAGCACCUGACCAGCUUGUGCCUACAUUAUGUACCAGAUCUUCGGACACCGACGCCUUCUACUGAGGGAUAUACAUACGAUGAGAAGCCACCUCCACAAUAUCCCACGAAGUUUGAUCGACGGCGUCCCCCAGGCUAUGAGAAAGAGCCGGGUGUAGCAAAGGUCCAGCAAUUUUCGCACGUCAGCAUGGACGCGUCCGAAUCUUACCCAGACAAGAGCGACAACGGCAGUGCAGACGACGAGUCUUCCAGUCUGCAGCGGUCCAGAUACGAGAAGCAAGCUUCUCGAACGCCAGGCUUCGCAGCGGAGACGUCUUUGCAUAUCUCAGCUCAACGGCGGCGCAAACCUAUCACUGCUUUCUUACACAACGAUCGAUCAGCCCUACCACGUCUCCGCAGUCAGCGCAAAGAAGUUUCAGCUUGCAGCUCGACUUACCCGUGCAAUGCCAUCUCUUCGUGGUUGGGAACAAUGACUGAAGAGCUAAAAUCGCAUCCGAAUGCUCCGCCUACCAAGGCGCGAUCAGGCAAAAGGUGCGAGUUGAAGAGCAACCAAUCCGCGCCGGGUGCUAUCGAUUGGCGCUGCGAGGAUUGUCGCCGCAAAGCUCGGUGUACUCUGGCUGCGAAGAUAUUGAUCAUUUUUCAAACCGUGACCAGGGCAGCCUGUUGAGUGGUACACUCAACUCCGUUUACUCGUUUUCGGAUCAACACGCCUCGAAGCCCGAUGGAGAACGCGUGACGUUGACGCACAUCGCGAUGACAGAGCCAAGCCCUGAUAAACAUCGUCGCGAUAUAGAGUGGAGAACGUUCCGUACUGCGACUGCUUCUCUUCUAGGAGUGGAAAAAGACCGUCGUGAGCGCCG